AUGAAAGAGUAUGAUUAUUUGUUUAAAAUUAUAGUAAUUGGUGAUAGUGGCACCGGCAAAUCAUCUUUAUUACUUAGAUUUGCGGAUAAUACUUAUAGUGAGUCGUAUAUGAGUACUAUAGGAGUAGAUUUUAAGAUAAAAACUGUAAAAAUAGAUAAUACGACUAUAAAACUACAAAUUUGGGAUACUGCCGGCCAAGAACGUUUUAGGACCAUUACUUCCACUUAUUAUAGAGGUGCUCAUGGCAUUAUUUGUGUUUACGAUGUUACUAAUAAACUUUCAUUUGACCAUAUCACUGAGACAUGGUUACAGGACAUUGAUAAAUAUGCUACAUCGAAUGUUUGUAAAUUAUUAAUCGGGAACAAAAUUGAUCUGGUUGACUCUCGUGUAGUUUUAGCUGAUGAAGCAAAACAUGUUGCUGAACAAAAUAAUAUGAAUUAUAUUGAAGCUUCAGCUAAAACUGAUAGUAAUGUUGAAAAGGCAUUUACUACUAUUGCUAAGGCACUUAAGGAUAAAGUUACUCAAUAUCCUUCCAAUGCUCCUACCUCUACUGUUAAUCUUAGUAAUGCCUCCAAAGUGACUACUAAUCGUGGCAUCUCAGAUAGCUGUCAAGAAUCUUCUGUUUUUAAGAAAAUGAAUUUUUCAUCAGGAAAAUGUACCUAA